UAGACAUGUUUCCAAUUCACGGACUUUGUUAAAAGCAACGUCACGAGUUGUAGGUUUGGUGUCAUUUGGGCUCUGGCGCUUGUAAGACAGACCUGAGCGAAAAUGAAGGCAGCUUUGCGGUGUUUGGCCAUUUUUCUUGGACUCCAAGGUUUGGCUUGUGCAAGGAUGUCAGAAAUCACAGAAAAAUCCAAAUCAAGGAUCAGAAAUGCUUUUAACAACGGAUAUGCCAUUGACCCCUUAUGGUUUGGGCGAGCUUCUGCUGACUUCCUGGCGAACCUGACGAGAACUCAAAUUUCGGGAUUGAAUGUCGAGCAGGCCCGCGCAGUGAGCCAAAGAAUGUGCCACGUCGCAACAAAGAGAGAAAUGGGAAGCUAUUUGUCCAAAUUGCCAGCAGACAAAUUUCGAGCAUUUCUUAAUGAGACAAAGCAUUUGAAUAGAGGAAUCCGCGAUAGACUUAAGGAAGUCAUCGUUCUUCGAAAGAUGGAAGAAAAGUCUUUGGUUAACUGGACCCAACAGGAUAUAACAGAAGUUGAAACGUGUUUAGGCGGGCUAUCGCCUAAAUUGCUGCUACGGCUUGUAAAAACCAGUCUGCCGAACCUCCUGAGUGUAAAAUCAAAAAUCGAAAGAGAUCAUACACCGUCUGCCGGCCAAAUGAAAGCAAUGUGUUCCGGAGCCAGGCAUUACUAUGGUAGCCCUAGUGAAUGGUAUCGUCAAGCUCUUAGAAUGUUUCCCGGAUGUCUGCAGACGAAAGAACUGGAUAAUAUCCCGGGUUCUUUGAUUCUUGAUUCCAUUGAGUCACUGGGUAGAAACAUAUUAAACAAGGACCAGAUGAAGAAAGUGUGCCGAAAGCUACAAGACACAACAUGGACGGAAGAGAAGAUAAAUAAGUUGGGAGGGUUGACGGGGUGUCUUUCCGAUGAGGGCAUCGACCGUCUCGACCCUAUCGUCUUGCUGAACGUUUUGCCCAACAUGGAUCUUUCCAAGAUACGCAGAGGAAAGAAAAGACGAUUGUUUAAAAAAAUCACUGAAAGGAAAGGCGGCCCUGCGAACUGGACGAAAGAAGACGUCGUACGCAUGGUGCAACUCAUUCCUGCAAUGACUCUUCGUGAGCUGAAAUCUUUAAACUUGGCCAGGCUUACCCUGUCGGAGAGACGUAAUAUCAGAAACAUCUACAAAGACGCAACCCCAGAACAGAGAAAAGCUAUCGCCAACGGUUUGAUAGAAAACAAGGACAUUUCUAAGUGGCAAAGCAAUGACGUCAAUAGCCUUGGAAGCUUCUUGUUUGAGCUUCAUAUAGAUGAGGUUUUUAAAAUACCACCUUCGGCUUUGACCAAAGAUGUCAUAGGAGGACUGCGACGCCUCCCGGAGAUAUCGGAGGCGCUGAUACGUUUGAUAAUAAAAUAGGUAAGUAAAAAGAAAGCAUGCAGCUUUGAACGAAAAAUGGAGACUUACUCAACCGAUACCCGACGAACAACGGACAAACAUUGAACCUUCACGAGCAAGCAAA